AUGGCAAGAACCCGAACCGGAUUCGGAAAUGCUAACGCUAAUGGCAAUCAGCAUCCCCAUCCCCAAGUGAUUGAGCAUGUACCGGUAGUAGCAGUUGCACCCGAGCCAAUCACGAUGGAAAGAGUACAAGAAAUAAUCCAAAUGAUGUUGGUUUUUCAGAUGGAGGAAACAUGGAGUUUACUUCAACAUAACAGGGAUGAGCCAACGAUGCAUGUUGAACAGUCUGAACUAAAUGACAGACAGUCAGAAGAAGGGCAUUACAAUAGAACCGUUGGUCAAGCUGAACCGCCAGUGCUAUAUAUAUCACAUGUUGGUGAAGAGAUCCAAUGGCCUUUGGCGAGACAUGAGGCUUACGUUAAGUUAGACCAGUCUCAUUAUUUCUUCUCGUUACGCGCUCCAAAGGAGAAAGAACACGAAGCUAUGAUGUUAAAUUACGGACUGACAUUUGCUUCAAAAGGACAAGAGAAGUUGUUGAAAGAAAUGGAUGAGUUAUUGGAGCAUUGCAGUAGUUUCUCGGUGCAGAAAGAGGAGGAGGAGAAGGGCGCUUUGGAUUUAACAAUGACGGAACGAAUGAGUCCCUCAGAUCUGAAAAUGGAAGCAAAUAAGGAACAGAUGGAGCAUAUUUGUAGAGCUUAUUGGACGACAUUAGCCCCAAAUGUGGAGGAUUACAGUACGAAGGCUGCAAAAUUAAUUGUUGCGGGUUCAGGGCAACUUGUUAAAGGGAUUCUCUGGUGUGGAGAUGUUACAGUGUAUAGAUUGAUCAAGGGUAAUGAGAUUUUGAAGCUAAAGAUCGGACCUGCUAGCAACACAGCAGUUAAUCCUGAACUUCUAAAGGCUAUACACAGGGUUAAUAAGGUGACGAAGAUGACAGAGACAGUUGUUGGUGGACUUCUUUCUGGCGUUCUGAAGAUUACUGGAUUCUUUACAAGCUCUGUUGCUAGCACUAAACUUGGCAAGAAGUUCUUCAAGUUUUUGCCUGGGGAAAUUGCACUCGUGACUCUAGAUGGAUUUAGCAAAAUUUAUGAUGCUUUUAAAGUUUCUGGAAAGAAUGUAAUGUCAACAUCAUCUACUGUGACAACAGAACUUGUCAGCCACAAGUAA